AUGCCACAUCCGUGUGUCGUAUGCGGUCGUUCGCGUAUGAAUCCAAAUAAUAGGGAGGAAGAGUACAUGUUUUUUGGAUUUCCCGUUAACGACGAAGCUCGAUGCAGAAAGUGGUUGGAAUUUUGUUGUCGCGAAGAUUUGUAUAAACUUACAAAGAAACAGUUGCUUCAACGAAUGGUGUGCUCUAAACACUUCGAGCAAAAGGAUUUUUUAAACGAAUAUCUCGACAGAUUAAAUUACACCGCAGUACCUUCAAUUUAUGAUCCCAAACAAAGUUUAUAUAACAUAACCUGUGUACUGUGUGGUCGUUCUCGUCGAGAUCCACCAGGUUUAGAUUACGAUGGUGCGACCUUUCAUCAUUUUCCUGGUGAAGAAUUCCGAUGUCUUAAAUGGCUCGAUUUCGUUGGUGUAGAUUCAUAUUACAGACUGACAAGAAAAGAGAUUUUAUUUUGUUAUAUCUGUUCGAAACAUUUUGAUUGUUCUCAAUUUAUGCCUGGUUAUAAAAGCAGAUUGGUUGACAAUGCUGUUCCCAACAUCAGGAAUCCUGAUCAAUUGGAUGGAUCUGAGCAAUAUAUUAUGGAAUAUGUAACUGAGCCAAAACUAUAUAAUUCUUCUGAGAAAUUUAAAAAGUUAGAACCUCUACCACCAGCUGUGUUAGAAAGUCAAGCAUGUGCUGCUUGUGGUAGAUCAAGAUCUGACCCAAGAAACAAAAUAGAGAGAUAUAAGUUUCACCCUUUUCCUGCCUAUGAAAUAGGGAGGUGUUUGAGAUGGUGUCAAUUUUUGGGUAGAGAGGAUUUAUUGAAAAUGUCUCCAAAUCAAAUAAGAAAGUUAGUGCUUUGUUCGAAACAUUUCCAAACAGGACAAAGUUUUCAUAAAGUAGGACCAUGUGAUGCAGUCCCAACUAUAAAGGAUGUGUCACAAUUAAACACUGUCAAUUCAACAGAACAAAUUGAAGAUGAGCAGGAUAUAUUAGAAGAAUCUAAUUGUACUAAUACAACUAAGGGAAUUAAAAAACAAGGUUUCUCAAGACCUUUAGUAUCUAGUAAAAAACCAAAGGUAGAUAAUAAGCCUACACCUCUUGCAAAGAAACGUGGAAAAUCUAAAAGGCCAACUCUUAUUAACAUUCCAAGGCCUGAUCCUAAUAACAUUGAAAAUCGUGUGAUAAGAAAAUUACCACUUCCUCCUACUUCUAAUUGGAAAUUCCAAAUUACAGAACAGUUUCAACCCAUAACAAUAGCAAAUAAUAUUACAUCAAAUAUUACAAAUAAUAUCCAAGGUAACAUAAAGAAGGUGAUUCUACCAUUUGCUGGUGACAUAUCAAAUUUAGGUGCUCCUAUUCCAGUGCAUAGUUUAUCCAGCAUUCCCCCAGGUUUAUUAAUUAAAAUAGAUCUUCCUGAGCAAGAGCAACAAAAGCCAGUGAAAAGUAAUAAGAAGUAUACAAGAACAAAAAUAAUACAUACUCCUACUACCUCUAAUGAAAUUGAUCCAUUACUUCAAUUGAAAAAUGGUCAGAUGUCGGUUACACUGCCAGUACUAAAGCAGGAAAAACAAGAAUCAGAUAAAAAUAUUGUUGAAUUUUUAUCAAUUCCUCCAGAUGAAACAGAGGCUAAAAUGACUACAGAAGAGAUGGAGGUACAUGAAGAAGUAAUUUUGCCACAUACAUUGGAAGUGUUAGACGAAGAAGUAGCUAAUGUAAAAGAAGAUCAGUUUUACCAAGACUUUGAAGAAGUGGAAUGUUUAUCACAAAAACCACAAAAAUCUGUGAAACGUAAAAAGGUAUCAGGAACAAUGAGAAGAACAAUUUUUCCUAUUAGAAGUGAAGUGAAAUAUUUUUUGCGCAAAUUGGCACCUCACAUGCAUAGACUUCCUAAAAAAACUAGAGCACAGAUAAAACUCUCAAUUGUUAAUAUGGUAAUUGAUCACUUGUAA